UCCGAUUCAAACCCAAACAGUCGGAGGGAAGAGCUAAUGCGGGGGUGUAGUAAUUAUUAAACAACAGUCUCUGGGCUCUUUUGUUGUAGAAAUUGUGUUAUUUCUUUUGCACAGUGCUGGGGUUUUUUAUCGCUGCUUUCAUUGGUCCGACUCCGCGGGAAAAAGUCGCACUCCACUUUUCGGCGCCUGGAGGAUUUGACAUUCACUGGUUCAGUUUUUGGAGCAAGUGAUUGUCUAUUUGCAUACAAGAACCACUAUCUAUUAUAUUGAUUUCUACUGUUGCUGUUUUGAAGAAAAAAAUGCCCAGAACCAACCGGCAAAGGGAAUAUAAACCCGGAGAUCUUGUGUUUGCUAAAAUGAAGGGUUAUCCUCAUUGGCCUGCCAGGAUUGAUGAGCUACCUGAAGGAGCUGUGAAAUCUCCCUCAAACAAGUACCAGGUCUUCUUCUUUGGGACACAUGAAACGGCAUUCCUGGGUGCCAAAGACCUGUCCCCUUAUGAAGAAUUUAAGGAGAAGUUUGGAAAAGCCAACAAGAGAAGAGGGUUUGCAGAGGGACUAUGGGAGAUUGAGAACAACCCUACCGUUACACAUGAGGAGUAUGAGGCUUCAAAGAAAGACAAUGAUGCAUCUGAAGCGACUGGUGAUGGUGAGAAAGGAGGGAGCAGUGAUGAAGACGAAGGAGCUCUGGUCAUUGAUGAAAAGAACGAAAGAGGAAACAAACGGAAAGCAGAGGAUACUACGGAGGCAUCUUCCAAACGGCAAAAAGAUGCACAGAAAGAAGAGGAUUCAAAAGAAGAUGGGGACAAGUCCAGCGAAGAGCCCAAAGUAAACAAUGUGGACGGACCCAAAGACUCAACACCGAGUGAAUCUAAAGAGGAAAACGCCCCCACUGCAGAAAAGCCUGCAUCAGACAAUGCUUAACGUCGACUUGUGGAGAGACUGGAAAAAGGUGCUUUUCUGUGGUUAUCGAAACGUCAAAAGAGUUUUCUUCACAUUUGAACCAUUUUAAUUAACAAGAGGAUAUAAAAAGAUGUUUGUAUCUAAACAAACAAGUUUUUAUUUGCGAUUUGAGGAUAUUAUAUAUCCCAGGAAUAAUAGUUUGUUAAUCUGAUAAAAAAAAAAAACAUAAGUCAGAGAGCUCAUUUAUAAUGUGGUUUUAGGUGUGUAUAUAUUAUUAUUUUUAAGUGCAAUUGCAUUAGGACUUGAAAGGUGUCAUAAAUCUGAAUUUUAGAGGGAAUAAACACUGAAUAUGGAAAAUAAGACCCAGAUUUUAAAUAAAUUACAUUAAGGAUGUUAAUCUUGGUGUGCCCUAUAGUUGUACAGGCAAAACUCACUCAUUCAUAAAAGUGCUUUUAAUAUUUUUUUUUUUCUGUCUGACUUCUCUGCUGAUCUUAAACCAUGUAUUGUUGCUUAGUACAUGAUAAGUUGCACUUAUAGACGUUUUACUCUCUUUGCUCAAAGUCAGUUGUGGCUUAGAUUUUGUUAAUUGUGUUUUUGCUUUGAUGUAGUGCUUUUUUGCAUGUGACCAAAUUGUUUGUUUUACAUCUGGGGACUGGGCAUAGUUAAUAUAUCCAAUUAAUAUAUGAAGCCCCAUUUGAUAAGAAAGUAAGGCUCAAAGAUAGUCUUUUAUUGUUUUUUAUCAUGAUGUUAUUUAAAGUAGAAGACAUUCCUAAUUGUGUUACAGCUUGGCCUUCAUGUUUUAUUUAAAAGCAAAUUAUGAACAGUUAUAAUAAUUUGGUGUUAAGAAAUGUUCAAAACCACCACUCAAAAAUGUCAUGAUGUUUUGUCAGAGAAAAUAUAUUAACUGGAAAGGCCUAAUUAUUUUUCUUUUCUUUUGUAAUAUGUAAUUUAUCUGAAACCCAAAGUUAUUAUGUUAAAAUGUUACUUGAAAUCUACAAUUGGUUUAGCGGUUUGUUUUGGAUUUUCUUUCAACAUCUUCCAAUAUUCAAGAUUAUGCCCGUGUUUGGAUCACUGCAUUGUACAGAAUCAACAUUUCACAGCAGUUUCUGGUUUAGUUUUACGUUUUCAAAGCUGCCAUUGAACCUUAUAUGCUGCUUAGUUUUCUGUUAGAGCUGCUAGACCAUUGAAUAAACCUGUUGAUUAUAAAAUAAAAAUGUUUUGUGAUAUUUA